AUGACUAGUUCUAUAACGUCAGAUGAAUCACUGGCGAGUUUAGAGGAGACCAGAUUACGUCUUUGUGAUGAAUUUGCUUCUAUCACUGGAUCAGACAGCGCAGUAGCGCAGUGCUACCUUGCUGAAAAUGAAUGGGAAAUUGAGAGAGCUCUUAAUGCUUUUUUCGAGGCAGACAUGGAGUCUGUUUUUGAUGCAGAGGACACGACAGAGAGAGGUGACAGUGUACAGAACAAGAGAAAAGAGCAGCAUCCUCCUGAGGGCACAGGCAACUCAGAAACAAAUAAGAAGUUUAAACCAGAAACAUCUGAUUGUAUAGACUUGACAAACGAGGAACCUGCGUGUUCCAGUGAUACCACUUCGAAGAACAGAGCGGCCGAGACAGGUGCACAGACACCGGCCGACAGCAAGGCUAAUGGAAAGCUCUCUCUGCUAAGCUGGAACGUGGAUGGUUUGGACACGUUAAACCUGGCAGAGCGGGCUCGGGGCCUUUGCUCUUACCUGGCAUUAUACACACCUGACGUGGUGUUACUGCAGGAGCUCGUCCCACCUUAUGUUCAGUAUCUGAAGAAACGAGCCGUUAGCUACACUUUCAUUGAGGGGGGCGAAGAUGGAUAUUUCACCGGACUAAUGUUGAAAAAAUCAAGAGUUAAACUGCUGGAGAGUCAAGUCAUUUCUUACCCAACAACACAAAUGAUGAGAAAUCUCAUAGUUGCUCAGGUGAGUAUAUCAGGCCAGGAGCUUUAUCUGAUGACCUCACACUUGGAGAGCUGUAAGAACCAGGCUGCAGAACGAAUGAACCAACUGAAGGUAGUCUUCCAAAAGAUAAGAGAGGCACCUGACAACGUCACUGUCAUAUUUGGAGGAGACACCAAUCUCAGAGACUCUGAGGUCGUAAAGGUGGGAGGAUUACCUCCUGGAGUAUGUGACGUGUGGGAGCAGCUGGGUAAACAGGAGCACUGCAGGUUCACCUGGGACACUAAAACUAACGGCAAUAAAAAUUUGCCUUACGUCAGCAGGUGUCGCUUUGACCGGAUCUACCUGAGGCCGGCUAAGGAGGGGCCCAAAAUGGUUCCUGACCACAUGGUACUGGUGGGUAUGGAGAAAUUGGACUGUGGUCGUUAUACAAGUGAUCACUGGGGUAUCUACUGUACUUUCACAACUGAGGGGGAAUAA